AGUCGAGUUGGGUAUGUUUUGGUUGUUUGGUUCUUCCCUCUGAAACAACGCUGAACGUAUUUAUCAGACGUUCUUCAAACAUUCAGCAUAGAUAACAAAAUGGGUGAGCCUGAACCACCUCACAUUCGGCCCCCAGAGCCGAUCACGAUUGCUGUGCACAGGGCAAGGAAUCUGAAGGGACAGAAGGGAGAGACGGUGAAUGCCAUGAUUAAAGUGGAGUUUGGAGAGAAGAGUUUAGGAGAAUCUCCCAAAGUUGACUGUACAGCCGAUACCCCAGCAGAAUUCAACUACAAUGCCACUCUCAACUGUACAUACGAAGACCCGGUAGUGUUGGAUGAGAUAGCACACAAGCCUAUUGUCUUGACGGUGAUCGAGGUCCUACCCAAGGAGAGGAAACAGAAGGAGGAGAAGACCAUUCUGCUGGGCCAGUGCACUGUGGACCUCCUGCCGCUUGUCAAAGGAGAAGUGAAGCAAAAGUACACUCUGAUGGUCAACCCUCUACCUGGCUCCCCUCUCGAGCAGCUGUCACCGGAAAGUUUGAGGCCUGAGGUGGAUGUGACAAUCUCCGUCAAUGACCCUUUGCUGGACGAGAACCAACUGAAGGAUGGAAACCUGUUGACCAUCACCAUGGAAACGUUGUACUCUCCUCCUGAGAACUGGCUCCUCACAGGGCAACAGUUCUACUAUGCUUCAACACUACCCAUCCCCAUCACGUCGGAGAAGGAGUCCACAAUCGUGUUCCCCCAUGGCCAGCUCAAGCCCGGCACUGACAAGGAGAUGCCCAACAAACAGAAGAAAUGGGCGUCGCCUGGACAGGCUCAGGGGAAUGCUAUAUACAUCACUGAUGCGUAUGUCUCGGCCGACACUGUGGAAGAUGAAGAUGGGGAGCUGCGAGGCAAGGAGGACCGGGAGCACCGGGCCGUGUCGGAGAUGGACAAGAACCGUAUCACCUGGAACACUGAGAGGCGAUGCUACAUGGAGACCUCAUCUGUCAAAGGUUUCCAAGACUCCAUUGCCAAGACGCGGUACUGGCCAGUGGAGAUCUUCCGUCUGCCACAGCCUUCAGCGGGGAAAGGAAAGAAGCAGAACCCAACUCCCUCACAACAAAAUAUUAAGGAUGAUGAGGGGUCCAUCAGCUUCCACGGAGUGGCCUUCAUCAACCUGGCGCCUCUCCUCUACCCAGGGGUCAAGCGGAUCAGAGGGGCGUACAAGGUGUAUGCAUACACUGACCAUCUGCUGCAUGAAAAGACGAAGAGAAAGUUGGGAAUAGCUGAAGAGGCUGCAAAGAUGGCAUUCAACAUUCUAAACAGAAACAGCACCUCCCCUUCCCCGAAGAAAGUUGUGAAGGACAAGGAGGGAGACAAGAAGGAGGUCAAGAAGGGGCGCUCAAAUAGCAUCCUGCCCUCAGGUCAAGGUGACCUGCUCGAGGCCUCGCAGACAGUGAAGUCAGACACUGCAUCCGAUGUGGAUGGUCAAGCAGUGGUCAAUGUGGAGGGCCAGCAGUAUGUGGAUGCCAAGGCCUACAUCAUGCUGGAGAUCAACCUGGAACGCCCCCUGGUGCCCAAGAGGCCCCCCGAGGAACUCGCCAAACGAGUAGCAGAACUCAUUCCUCCCCGACCCUUGUUUCCCAAGAGAACAGAUGGAGCUCAAAGGUCAGUGGAGGACUACCACAACCAAAUCACCAGUGUGGCCGGACUUGUCCUGGAGGAGUUCCGGGAACUGUUUGCUGACGACAUUAAGGAUCCCCAGACACAGACCAACGAGGCCAUGGAGGGCAGGAGACAGAAGCUGAUCUAUGAGCUGAACUCCUCAGGGAAAUACUUCGCCUUCAAGGAGCAGCUCAAACAUGCUGUGGUCAAGAUUGUCCGGGAGAAAUAUCUAAAGACAUCAAACUUUGAAGACCGACAGGAACUACAGACCUUCCUCAGUGAGCUGUAUGUUUACCUGGUGGAUCAGAUGCAUGUAGCCCUGGGGCAAGUCCUGGCCCUUGAGGACCAACCCCCAGUGCCAGACCCACUCACAGACUCCGCUCAACUCAAACAUUUUGCCAGGGAGGCAGAGGUCAAUGAGAACUUUGACCUAGCAGCCAAAUAUUACCAAGAAAGGAUCGCACGGGAGAAGAAUGAUCCUGACAACUGGUUUGACUAUGGUACCUUCUGCCUGUACAUCAAUGAUAUUACCAAGGCUGAGGAGUGCUUCAAGGAGUGCAUCGCGAUCAAUCAGAGACAUCUGCCAGGCCUGCUGCUGUACGGGGUGGUCUGUACGCUGUCCGAGAGGAACGAGGCAGCAGAGACAUUCUUUGAAGCAGCCACGUGUGUUGAACCCAGGAAUAUCCUUGCCUGGACCAUGUUGGGCCUAUACUAUGACUCGGUGAGCAAUGAGAUCGGAGCGGAGAUGGCGUACCUCGAGGCCAAUAAGCUGAACCAGGCUGCUGCAGUAGCCACAGCGCGAGCACUUCGGGAGGAAGAGAUGGAGAGAGACAGGGUUGAUGAGGAGGAGGAGGAUAUCCCUGAAGACGAGCCUGGUAGAGACAUUGAUAACCCAGAGGGAGGUUUGUCUAUUCCUAUGAUUCCUGAGAUCAAACAACCGACGCCCACCAGUGACAGGGGGAACAACUCUGCCAAGUCCACCAACCGCUUGUCAGAGAAGAGGGCAUCAGCAAUAGGCAAAAAGCCAGCACCACCAGGGGCUGGUCAGCAGAAACCCAAGAGUCAGGAGAGUGGGGGAGGGCUUCUCUCCCGCCCAGCCAGUCAGCAGAAGAUGUCCAGUCAGCGUGGCACCCCCCAGCCAGCCGAGGAUGCCCCCGAGGACGUCCCUCCACGUGAGCCAACGCCCGUCCCAAGCUCCAGUGUGUACAUGCAGGCUGUGGACUGGCUCCUGGAAGUCAAGGCUAUCCCUUUCACCGAGCGGGCCCUGGGUCACGAGCUCUUGUCACCGAUGGGGGGACCAACGCCUGGAUACCACAUCGCUCUAGCCAAGCUGAAGCUGCAGAAGAGGGAGUUUGCAGAGGCUGAGGAGCAUCUAAGUGAAGCUCUACAGACAGAACACCAGAACCCCGAUGCAUGGGCCUUGAUGGGUCACGUGAAAUACCUGACUGGUGACACAGAGGCAGCCCGCGACUGCUAUGAACGGACCAUCACGUUUAUUGCCGACGCCUCGGAAAUGCACUCCAUCUAUUUGAGACUUGCCUCUGUCUAUCUGCAGGAGGGCAGGUUCCAAGAAGCCAAAAAUACCUUCCUGCUUGCCUGCAAGAAAUCUCCAUCGUGUGUGUCCUGGCUUGGCGUUGGUAUUGCCUGCUUUAGGCUUGGUGAGCUGACCGAGGCAGAGGAUGCACUAUCUGAGGCCAACGUCCUCAAUAACAGUGACCCCGAGGUCUGGGGGUACCUCUCUCUGGUGUGCCUGCAUACACAGAGGCAGCUUGAGGCAGAACAGGCAUACAAGUAUGCCCUGAAGCUGAGCCUACAAGACAAUGAUCUGUUGACUGAAAUCCACCACGUGCAGCAGGAGGUGGGAUUCGGGAAUCCCCAGUUUUAACUCGACAGAAACAUGAACAUCAGCCAGUAUUUUCAGGACAUCCAUUGUUCAUUAAUACCUUUCAUAAUUCUUGUUUCAUAAUUUGUGAGCAACUAUAUAUUUUGAAGGGAUACCUGUUAAUUAUAUUUUUCCAUACUUGACAAUAACAUGUUUCUCCUUCCUGAAUUCUGUUAAUUUGAUUGCAGCAUACAUACAUAUCAUGUUGUGCCCUUGAAAAUAGGUAUCAUAUAUAUUACAGUCACAUGCAGGUAUGUUUUGAAAGAUACAGCUCCACAAGGCCACAGUCAAUUAAAUAUUAGGUUUUUACCCCAAAGUUAAAAAACUUUGGUGAAAGGCAUUUUAUUCAUUAUAUUUUCAUUUUUUAUUAAUUGAUUUUUAUGAAGCUGUAUAUUGACCUAUUGUGGUUCACAUGCUACAUGAUGUAGUAGAACUAUAGGUGUAUUGCAGGUUUCAUCAAGUAGUGAGACAAGGCUACUCACAGUUACUAGGGCAAAUACAGAGUGUUUGGUUGUAAUACGGAGAUGAAAAUCAAAUAUAAUUCAUUUAUUACCACCAAACUACUUAACAUUCAUAACUUUCUUUAAUGACUUUCCAUAGGUGUUCAUCAACAUACUGGUCAAGUGUUUGAUUAUUACUUUUAAUUUGGAACUAAUUUGUUUCUGGUUCAUUGUUGAAUCGACUUGGUUAGGCUAAUCGGUUGUCAGGUGCCCUAGUUACUGUCUAUAUGCCUUAGAUGCCUCCCCCAUCACCCCAGUAUUUCUGUGAUAUUGUACAUAGAACAGUGUACAUAUAGGAAGAAUUCUUUGUUCAUUUCAGCCAAUCAUGUAAUAUACAUGUAUGUAAAUAGAUUGUUGGCAUGUUCUUCAUGACUUGUAUCAAUACAAAUUUGUUAUGUUGAGUCGUCUGAUAAUAUUGAAGUAUUUAUAACUAAUAUUCUCAUAAUCUGUAAUAUAAUAAAUGAGUGAGUUUAAA